GGCCAGACUGUCUGCAGGUCCGCCACUGCGAACGGUUUCGCGCAGAUUUUCAAUUCACUGUUCAUUCUCUCUACGGAACAGAGCGAUCGUGAUGUGUAUGUUGGUACGAAACUCUACUGCUGCUCUGGCAAUGAAUUUACUUCCUAAAACAUGAAAAUGAAAGUGAAGAAAGACGAACGUUAUUGAAUGGCCUUAUUUGCAAAUAUUAAUUUGUAUUAUAUUCACCCUUGAUUUAAAACGCACGCUCCGUUCAAAAGCGGAAGAGAAAAGUUAUUUUUUUAACCCUUUGAUAACGAUUAGCUUGUCUGGCUUAUUUAUACAUUUCCUUUUUUUUUGUUUUUUUAAAAUUCAUUUGAGAUAACGUUUCAGACUUAUGCGACUUUUUCUUUUAUUUUCAGAUAAAAAUCUAAAAUUCAGCAGUGUUUGAAAAAAAUUGACCUUUAUGAUAUCGAAUGCUGUUAUCUUUUUUGCAUAUUUUUAAAAAAAAUUGUUGGCAAAAUAUAAAUUUCAAACGAUUUUGUGAAUUAUCGAAACAGCUAGAAUAAAUCUUGUGAUAUAAUUGUGCAAGAAUUCUUUUCGUCGGCAUUUUUAAAUAUUUAUUUAUUUAUUUUUAUCUUGCAUCAUUGCCAUUAAACUAUUUAAGAACUUAUAAAUUAAACUAAUGAAGAAAUUCAGCUAGUGAAAUAAAAAAAAUCUAAGAUUUCAAAUAUUAAGUUGAACGAUGAUGUUCGAUCAGCUGUUUGGUAGAGAAAUUAUAAUGAGGAGACGGUCCCUCAAACGUCUCUCUACUUGAGAAAGACUGUGAAAGCUUUGCCAGACUUGUGCCAGACGUCUGCCGCCAUGCAGACCAAUAGGCUGAUGAGGGGGAUCAGCUGUAUCAUUAUAGUCUGCAUAACUGCAGAUUUUGUUCUUGGCCAAGAAACGUAUUGUGCCUACUCCAGUAAUAAAUCCUAUGUGAAGAUUUCUUUGGCUGACAAAUCUGCUUAUGAUGAUGACAGCGAGGUUUUGGAGACAGGCGAAUUACUGGAUGGAAAUACAACUGAGAAAUGCCGCACCACGAAGUUCUGCUAUGCACUUUGGAUGGAUGAUAGUAGCAACAAAAAUGCUACUGCCAUUGUUGCACAAGGAUGUUGGAGAGCAUCUGAGUCAGACUGCAUGAAAGAUAGCUGUGUUUCUAAUAAGGGCCGCAAGCCAGGGAAUAGUAGUAACACUCAGUUUUGUUGUUGUGCUGGUAAUAUGUGUAACAUUAAUGUUUCUGAGGGCAUAUUUUAUGCAGAAGAUCCAGCAAUUUUACCUCCGAGACUUGUAGAGCAUGCAUCUUAUGAUACACAGAUUACAGUGAUAGCCUCAAUUUCUGUAGUUUUGGUGAUCGUAACCAUAUUUGUACUGUAUUGUGCUUAUCGUAUGUGUUCAUCUUCACAAAAACCUAGUCCAGAUUCUGUGUGUCUGAUGGAGCCUCCCCAGCCACCAUCACCCACCUUCAACAUAGAUAGCUUGAAAAUCGCUGAGAGUAUUGGAAGUGGUCGAUAUGGCCGAGUCUUUCGUGGCACUCUUUACAACCAGUCUGUUGCUGUGAAAAUAUUCUCCUCUCAGCAUCGCCAAAACUAUCUAAACGAACGUUACAUAUAUUGUCUUCCUUUUAUGGAUCACACGUGCCUUCCUAAAUUGAUUGGGGCAGAGGAACGUACUGGCCCAGAUGAAAGACCUGAAUAUUUACUAGUUUUAUCUUAUGCUCCUAAUGGCUGCCUUCAAGAAUAUCUAAUUAAUAAUACUAUUGAUUGGACCUGGUUUUGGAAAAUGGCUAAAUCUAUUACACAGGGACUUGCUCAUCUACAUAUGGAGAUUAGAAAAGAUGAUAAAGUUAAAAUGUGCAUUGCUCAUCGAGAUCUUACUUCAAGAAAUAUUCUAAUUAAAGCUGAUGGUACUUGCAUGGUGUGUGACUUUGGUUUUGCUAUUUGCAUAUCUGGUUCUAAGUAUUAUUUGAAUGGGGAAGAACAAAUUGCAGAAUCUACAUCUCUAUUGGAUGUUGGAACAGUGAGGUAUAUGGCUCCAGAAGUUCUUGAAGGUGCUGUUAAUUUAAGAGACUGUGAAUCUUCUUUAAAGCAAAUUGAUGUCUAUUCUUUGGGGCUAAUUCUAUGGGAACUUGCCACUAGAUGUACUGAUCUCUUUCAAGGGGUUGAUGUACCUGAGUAUAAAGCACCAUUUGUAGCAGAAAUAGGAACACAUCCAAGCAUGGAGCAGUUACAACAUCUUGUUGUAAAAUUAAAAGCUAGGCCACUGUUCCCUGACAUUUGGAAAGAUACUAAUCCUGCAGUUAGAGCCCUGAAAGAAACAAUCGAAGAUUGUUGGGACCAAGAUGCAGAAGCUAGACUUACAGCGUUAUGUGUCGAAGAACGACUUAAUGAACUUCCAGUUUUGUGGGAUAGAUAUAAAGCUGGUACAACAAUUCAAGGAGUUAGUCCAACUGUAAAUGCCACUUCUCUUGAUACUAGGACUACCACAAAUGUAACUCAGAGUGGUUUCAGAGGAUCUACAUUUGAAAUGCCUGUGAUUAGAAGCAACUCGGAAGCUCUCAGCCCCAACGCGUGGGGCAUCGAUAGUCGUUACAGUGGUGAUUUCAGCAUAUCAGAGAACACUGCUGAAACUAGCAUUACAAUGUCUCCUACUGAAUUGACUCCUAGGUCAUGCCCAAGUGAUUCUAGUAGCAAUGCAAACAAUCUAAAAAAUUUGACUAAUAAUAAUAAUGUUACUUCAAAUUUAAAAGUUUAUGUACCAUUGCAACCUUAUCAGGGUAAAAAUCCAACGCAAGAACGUAAUUUAGUGAUGGAACCUGUAGAGAAUAUAACAGUCAGUGGCAAUUCACUCGUUGAAAGAGCUGACAAAUUCAGCACUCGAAACAACUCCUCCAACAGUUUUAAUUUUGAGACGGACUUGUUCAAUACCUUACAGCCUGGUGAAGCCUCUGAAAGCAAUGCCUUAGUCCCAAAUGAUGUACUGAGUCAGUCCACAAGGGCUGUGAAUCCUAUACCAUACGUUCAGAAUGCUGUUCAUACGGUUAGCACUAUGCCAAAGCAACCGAAUGUCCCCGGAAAUGGACAUUCAAUUAUUAUGGCUAAUGGAAGCAUUGCUGAUCCUAGGUCUAAAAAAAGUAGCAAAUCCGAUAAGGGCAUUAUAAAAGGUUUUAAAAAUUUAUUUAAAUUUCCUAGAAAUGCAUCAAACAGUGAUGAUGCUGGAACAGUUCCCAAGAGUCAAAUUCCUCCAACUGUGAUUGUACCUAAAGUACCCAGUGUUCAGAAUACUGUCCCAAAGCCUUUAGGUGCAACUAAUCUCACUAAACCCCAAAGUAUGGAUACUGAAGUAUAUGUGAUGGAUAUGAAUGACGAGUACAGCAUGACACAAACUGUGGUCCGCCCAGUAGCUAACAGGCAGAUAUACAGCCAGACUGUCUCUGCCAAUGCGGCAGAAAACGACGAUGAAGCCGACAAUAGCAAAAAAUUCCCCUUUCAGAACGGGUUUGUUCAAAGUCAGACUCACCCUCAGCUUUGUUCCGAUACCAAUCCCAAGAUGAAAAGACCAAAUACUUUACCGAUUGCUAAUAUAGGAGUGAGCAAUUGUACUGUUGCCGCUUUAGUCCCCAGUCCUGCGAAAGUAGCGUCUAGUAGUGAGAACAAUAUCAAUGCUUGUCAGCCAAAUAACUCAACUUCUGAGGUUAACAAUAAAGCUUCUUUUGCGACUAGCUCUAAUCAGAUAAAAAAUGCUAGAUUUUCUCUGUACGACGAUCGCAUUAUGGCUCCCAACACGAGAUUGCUCCACCAAAUAGAACACACCCCCUGUAAACUUGGAUCACCUCAUAUGUCAGUGUCUGUACCUCUGUCCAUAGAUUCUCUUUGUGAAUCAGAAGUUUCUAGCUUUCAUAAGACAUUUCUAACUCAAAAUUCUCAGAAUGAAAUAAACGAUAAUCAAUAAUGAUAGUUAAAAUAUAUUUGUUUCAAUUAUUCAAGAAUGCCAACAACUAGAAAUUUUCCUCAGGAAUUACGGGUUUAAAUCUGACUACAGAUACCUUCGGGAAUAUCUUUUUUUUUAAAGAAAAAUACGGGUUUCAGAUCCUUAAGGUGCUUUAUUGUCCCUUCUUGCUUUUCUUUUGUUUCUCUAUUUAAUUUUUGCAUCAGAAAUAGUAUCUAGCACUGUUUUAUAUAUUUAUUUUUUAGCAUUAGUUUUGUGCUGCGUACACACUUUCAACAUAACAGGUCAUAGUGGUUAAGGAAAAUUUCUUUUCAGACAGCAAUCUUAACUAGCAACCAUGGGAAAAAAAUCUAAAUUUUUUAAAUUUUUUCUCAGUUUCCUAAAAAUAGUGGGAAAUCAGAUUAUAUAUUCUCCCAUCUGUCGAUCAUUAGAAACAUUAUCUAGCAUUAGAAAGAUUAAACCCUACAAAGUGUUCCCUUAUUAGUGCUGUUACAUUAUGCACAUAAAACUGAAUUGUAAUCAUUCUGCACACAGGCGAUAAAUAGUUAAAAAGAAUGCCAUCUCAGGUACAAAAGUUUUUUUUUAAAUAUCUACUUAGAGUGUGAAAUACGUUAUUCCAUAGAAUAAUUAAGUAUUCUAUAGAAUAACGAUUACUUGAUCGUUAAAGUAUGAAAUACGGCACUAAAAAGUUCUUUGACCCAGUUUUAGCUGCAUUUAGUCAGUUUUGAACUGCUUAUAGCUGCUUUGUAAUCACGUGUGUGUGCACGCUUAAUUCUUUUGCUUUUAUAAAUAGCUAUUAAUAUGAGCAAUGAUAAAUUAUAUCAUCUCCUUUUCCUUAUUAUUCAUCAAUUAAUCAUCCGCAAAUAGAGAUAAAAAAUAUUUUUUGAGAGAUUUUAGCUAUUUAUGAUCAGUUAAUUUAUAAAAUAACUUUGAAAUUGUUUGUUUUUUACUUUAACAGUCUAUCAUUAGCUAUUUCAUCGAAAAAUUAGGUUAAGUAUGAAGUUUUUCACCUGUUAUAUACUUUAACUGACUUGUCUAGUUAUUAAAGUGCUUGAAAAGUGCUUAAAAGAUGCUUAUUUUUUGUUGAAUAAUUUGGCUAAGAACCCUGUUCUUAUUUUAAUUUAAUUAACCCCCAUGUACUAUUUUUUUAUUUACUAUUUAUUCUACAACAAAGCUUAAGUUAAGCUUACUAUUUUGAUCGAAAUAUAAUCAUAUUAAUCAAAUAUGUUUAUAAUAAACAAAAAAUCUAUUUUUUAAGGAUUGUCUUUUUGAAAUUUUAUGAGCAAAGGGAAAUUCCUAUUUUGCUUACUGAGAUUUAGCUUCAGUAGUUGGCAUUCUUGAAAAAUUUUUAUGCGAUUUCUAAUGUAUAGAUCGAUAAAUAAUAAUGUUGGAAUAUUUCUCACUAACAAGCAUUUACGUGCAAUUGGUAAAAUUCUGAUUCUUAUAACAUUCUUAAAGGUGUUAUUUAUUGAGAGAAUAUACAAGUCAAGUGAAAACAUUUAUGCAUGAAAUUGUGAUACUCAUUUAUAUUUACUUUACAUGUCCUUGAGGACUUUAUAUUUAAAUAGCCUCAAUUUUGGUCUGAAAUCUAUCUGCACUUUAUUUAACAUAACAUGCUUGUACUGAAAAUUGGCUAAUUAUUUAAAAGCUUGGUAAAAAACAAGUUAUGUGACAUUUUAGUGAAUUUGAAAAAAACUGCUUUAGAAUGUAGAGAAACACUAGUGAGGUGUUUACAAGCAAUUUUUUUUAUUAUUAUUAAAUACUCUUUUUAUUUAAUGACUUGGUAAAAAAAAGAAUAUUUCACAUUUACAGCUGACUUUAAUUUUAUUUUAAAUUAGAAAAUUAGAGUGUUUUUUAAUUGUCAUGUAAAAUCUUUUAAAAAUUAUUAUUAUUCAAUUUUAAUAUUUCAUUAAUUUGAUAGAAAAAAAUUUAAGCAAAGAAUUGUCAAGAAGCUGCUUACAAAAGAUUUUAUUUUGAUUGAAUACUCUUUUAUUAUUGAAAGACUUGAUAAUAUUGUUAAUGUUCUGUAUUUAAAGCUAACUCUUUGAAUGUUAUAAAAUUUUAAUGUUGAGUGUUUUUUAAAUGUCACUUAACAUGUUACGUAACCAAUAUUAUGCAACUUUAAGUGUUUUAAUGAUUUUGGGAAAAUCGAUUUUAGAAAGUAGGAAAAUACCAGGAAGUUGCUUACAAACUGGAUUUUUUUUAUUGUAACAUUUCAAAGGCUUAGUAAAAUAAAUUAAAUGUUCUAUGUUUGCUGACUUGCUUUUCAGAUUGGACGUUUUCUAAAUGUGACUUAAUAUGUUUUAAAGCUUAUUUAUUUUAAUUGUAACAUUUAAAUGAAUUUGAGAGAAUCAUUUUUAUAAUGUUGAGCCACUUCAGGAAGAAGUUUUAUAAAACAGAAAUUUUUUGGAGUCAUAUAAAGGCUUGGUAUAAUAAAUUAAUGUUCUAUAUUUGAGCCUACUCUAACCUGUUUUUAAAAUUGUAAAUUUGAGUGUUUUCUAAAUGUCACUUAACAUGUUUUUUCACUUAAGUAUCUAAUCUGCAGAUUAAUUCAAAGUAUGAUUUUUAAUUUUUUUAAAAGUAUGAUUUUGAAUUUUUUAAGCAAGUUCUUUUUUAAUUUUGCAUAAGAAUUUUUGUUAAAUUGCAGAAAUUUUUGUAGUAGUAUCUCUCUUCUUUCUCUUCUCUCUCUCUCUAGUAAUAUCUCUCAAUUACUAAUUGUUAAAAAAGAAUAUUAAAUUAAAGGCACUUACUAUUAAGAACAUUAUUAUAGAGUUUUAUUUAAAAUGUUUUCAUUAAUAUAACAACAGUGGAUCAUAGAUGUUGUACCAUUAUAUUUCUUUCAUAUUUAAUAGUUAAUAAUUUCAGAAAAUAUUUAAAUACUUUUAGAAAUACUUUAAUAAUAAUUUGAUAAUACUUUGAAAUGUUUAAUUCUGUUAUUAGAAAAAAAUAACAUCUGUUUAUAUGUUUAGUCAAAUGUGUUUAUUUUAGCUUGUCAAAUUAUUUAAAUAAAAUAAUUUUUUUAUUGUUUUGUUCGAGGUUACAAAACCUAUUUGAUAAACUAAUUUUGUUUCAUAAAUAAUAAAAAAAAUUAUAUAAUGACCUAACAUAUCGACAACGAAAGCACUAUUGUUAUUUUUUGACAGAACGCUAAUAUUUAAACAUUACAAUCUAUAAUGUUUUAAAAUGUACAUUGAAUUAUUUAUAGUAAUUUAUCAUCAUAUUUCUGUUAUUUUGUAACGCAUUUUUUGUUUUGUUUAAACUCUCUUAAAAUCAAUUAGCUUUCUAAGUUCUUAGGAGCUGCAUGUAAUGUUUUUUUUUCUUUCUUUGUGUAAUUUUAUUAUUUGAUAACAAAGUGAUAAAAAAAUCUAAACUAAAAAAUCAAAUUGUAACAAAUAAUUUAAAAUUUCAUGGAUUAAAAUUUGAGGGUUCAUGAACAUUAUUUUAGGGGUGUAUGAACAUCAAUAUUUUUUCUUCAUUUUAUUCUAUUGAAUUUCUAUUCUUUUCAUUUAUUCUAUCGAAUUUGAUUUUGCUAUACUAAAUAUGAAUAUUUUUAUUAUUGUAUGAUACAAUUUAAGUUCUAAAACUACUUAGUACUGCAAUUUUUUUUGUGCUUGAUUAUUAUUAUAUUUUCAAAAUUACCUUUUUUAAUGGUUCAAAGGAGUGUACAAUAUUGUAUCAAUUUCCCAUAGUAGCUAUUUAUUAUAUUAAUAGAGUAAUGCUAUUAGUAUAAAUUGAAAGAUGAGAUUUUGUUCAUAUUUCAAAGGAAAAAAAAUUAAUGUUUUAUUCGCUGCUUUAAAAAAUUUUGCUGUAAUUAACAAUAAUUUAGCUGUAACUGUGAUCGGGAACUUUGUUUUUCCACCUAAUUACAACUCUGUGCUUGUGUUUGCUUCUUGUUAUUAUAGUAAUAUCAAAUAUUUUAUUUAUCAUUCAUAAGAAAUUAAACUAAAUUAAUCCUCAUUAUAAACCACCUGUCUGGAAGAGGGGAAAGAAAAAAAUGACAAUAUAUGCAUCUGAAUGUGUUGUAUGAGGCUAGGUGGCAAGAAAUUACUUGGACAUGUGUAGUUCAAAGUUUAGUUUUUAAAAAUGGGGCAUAUAAACUUUUAAAUAAACAUGAAAACUUAAAUACUUGCAACACAUUUACAGGUGUUUGAACUGACUACCUUUAGCCUUGAAAUACGGGACAAAUUUUUUUUCUUGGGCUAUUACUUAUCAAUUGAUAUUGUUCGGCUCUUUACACAAGGCCAAACUCUAUUCAAUACAUUAAAGUCAUAAUACAAUAUGCAAAGUUGUAAGUUUACUAUAAACCUUUAUCUCCAUCUGGUAAAUUUGUUGGCCAUAAAGUCUGGAAAGUUAAUAUUGCAUCAUUUUAGAGUACUUCUAUGUGUGCUAACUAUAAAAUCUUUUUUUGUUUUCAUGGAACUUAAAUGGCCAAGGAUGCAUAAAUUUUUUUAAAAAAUUAGCUUGUAAAAUAUUGCAAUAAGAGUCUUUUCUUUUAAAUUUUGUCCAAUUAUUUCUUGUCAACAUGGCAAAAUUGUCAAAAUAAUAAUGUGCAAGUGAAUUACAAGUACUUUGUUAGUAUAAAAGUGCUUUUUAAUUUUUAGAUAUUAGAAUGUUUUGCUAUAAUACUUAUAACCAUUAAUUUAGAAUAUAUCUAUUGCAAUUUACUAAUUUCUUAACAUGUAUGUACAUUUAUUGUAAUUUUCAGUAUCUUAAUUUAAUUUUGUCUUGAUUCGCUUAUUGAAAAUAUUUUACUAGUGAAAAAAAAAUCAUGUGUAUUCCUAUAUUAUAUUAUAAUUAUUAUAAUUAUAAUAUAGGAAUUAUAAUAUAUUAUAAUUCCUAUAUUAUUUCCUAUAUUAUAAUUUAAAAAACAUUGUAUGAGAGAACCAUUGCCUGAUAAGUUAAAUAUUUAAAAGUAGCCUUAAAUUUAUUAUAUAUGCAAGGACUUAGAGAAAGUGCCUCUGAAUGAUUUGGAUUUCACUAUUAUCUCAAAUCAUUUUGAAUCUUUGUUAUUCCUUAAAUUUUGAUACUGUUGAAAAUUUGUAAUUUUUCAUCUUUUUGUUUAAGCAAUUAAACUAGGAUAUACUAGGUGCCUUUUUCUUAAAUGCCUAAAUUAAUCAAAUUUUUAACAUUUUAGCACUGUUCAGCAUUUAUUUGUUAAAAUUAAACAGUAUUUUUUUUGUUUUCAUUCACAGUUUUAAAUCAUAUCUUGGGGUAAAAAGUUACAACAAAACUAAUGGUAUAAUUUUGUCUCAGCUUUUACUACCAUUUUAAUAAAACAAUUUAGAUAAGCUCAACUUUAUAUACAAUAUGAUUUUUUUUAUAAAUAAACAGUCUUCAAUAUAAUGUAUCAAAUUAUUUUUAUUCUGUUCACAAUUAUAGUGCUAAAAAUAUAUAAGGUUUGCCCAAAUGAAAAGUGGACAUCCGUUUUAGCUUUAGAAAUGGGAUAAAGCCUUUUUUGUCACCAUUCUUUAGGGCUGUAAAUUAAGAUAUGCAGAUUGUAUAUGACUAAUUGUGCAUUUCACAUGAGAGCAUUUAAAGUGAAACUAAAGUUUAUUCAAGAAGGAUGCAUUUGGAAAAAAGAAAACCAAAUAGUAGAAUUUUUUAUUGCAGAAGUUGAAUGCACCAUUUAUUUACUCAUGUGCUGCAUAUAUGCCAUGAGUUUUAACUGAAUUUUAAUUUCAUCAGCAAUUGCAAUGUUUUCGUAAAAGAUCAUGGCAUUUCUUUACCCUGAGUCUAGUAAAACGACAAUAACAUGUUUUUUAAAUUUUUUAAAAAUGUUUUCGUUUUGAGUAUGAGAAAAUUUGAUUGUUAUUUUAUAUGUGUAUGUUACUUUUAAUUUCAGGUCCCUCCUAAUUAGUCACUAUGACCCUUCCCUCUUUUGAAAAUCGUGGUCCGUGACAAUGUUUGCUUACAUAAAUGUCCGCAUUAUGCUGACCUUUGACACUCUCCUAUCAAAGUUAACAUUUUUGUAGGGUGGUGCUGCUAGUGCUAAUGCAUUUCUUCUUUUUGAGGAAUGUUCACUUAACAUUUGGUUACACUUAUAGCUUUACCACCUCUUUUUUCCCUGAUUAUUUUAAUCCUGAUUCAAACAUACAAAAGAUUGGUGCAUUGUGUUUGAUAUUUUCAUGAGUAAUUAAAAAUUUUUUUUUUUUAAUAUUUAGUUUUUGCAAAAGAGUUCAUUUAUUUUAAUUAUGUAAAAAUAGUGGAUAUUUAAUUUUAUAAUUGUUUCAUGAUGUGCACAGAUCAAAUAAUAUGAUUAUGAAUAUGGAACAAAUUGCUCUAGCUAUCUUGCAAUGAUUGUAAUAGCUGUUACAUUUAUAUUCAACUUUGUUUUCAUUAUUCUGUUUUGCUUUGUACUUUUUUGUCAUUUUAUCAUGUAACUCCAAAGAAAUAGAGGAUUUAUAUUUUACCUCUAAGUGAUUUUUAUUUUAUGAUUAAAACAUUAUUGUAGUGUACCUAUAUUAGUUUUUUGUGUAUGAAAUAGAGUUGGGUAAAGCAAAUCAUAGAAGUAAUUUGUAUCUAUUGAAUAAUCAAUUCACAAGGUUUAAAGAAUUAAGAAACUGAAUCAACAAAUCUAAAUGGGUUAGUAGUUAUGCUUUAAUUACCUGAAAUUAAUUACCUGAAUUAAGAAAUCGGUUUAAAUAUUGAGAUUCUGUUCCAUUGGUUGUUUCAUCAGUUGAUUUAUGUCGCUCACUCAAAACAACUGACUAUCAAUAAAUGAAUUUUAUCAGCUACGUAAUUCAAAUCAGUUUCAAACUGUGUAAACAAGUUGUAAUUGCCUGAUACAAAUAAAUUGUUUUGACCGACUGAUUAUAAUCAAUAUUUUAAAUCUAAUCAGUGUUAGAAUAUGGAAGUGAAAUGAUGCAAAUAAACCUCUGCCUAUCACUAAUUUAGAUUUUUUUUUGUUUGAAUCGAUUCAAAUCAUUCAUUCUAUAAUAAAAAUCCAAUAAAUAUUGAAAUCAACUGAUUAGCAACAAAUGUAUUUAAUGAACCAAUUCAAAUCGACAAAGGAAUCAGUAAAUACACAAGUGGGCGACCUUUGUGCUAAAAUACAAACUAAGGCAAACAACGUUAAGGAGCACAAAAAAAAACUGUUGCAUUGAUGAAGGUUGCCCUUUGAGCAUCCGAAACAGCUAUCUGUAUUUUAAAAGGAAUCAGUGUUUGGAAUCAGUAUCAAACUGGAUAAAUAAGUUUUAAUAACUGAUUCAUAUCGGUGUUAAAAUGAGUCUACAGAUUCAAAUAAACUGAUUCAUAUCACGAAUUUGAAUUUGUUUCUCGCAAUUGCAAUCAAUCAAUUAAAGUAACUUGAUUUGAUUAAUUGGAAUAUAAUGCAUCAACUCCAGUCAUCAAAUGAGAUAAUUUAAGUGGUUUAAAUCAGCCGACAACCCUCUAAUUGAUUUAAAUCAUUUUAAAAAUGAUUCGAUUUACAUAACUGAUUCUGUACCCAACUCUAAUGUAAAAUAUUAGGUAUAAAUAUAGUGGUGCUAACUUGACACUGAAAUCAUUUGAGUGCUGUUUAAUGUUGAAUAAUAUUUGUUUUUUUUUGUUUAUAACGAAAUUAUAUUUAUCCAAGCAAAUGUGCUUCUGUGUUAUUUUUCAUUUUUAAUGCAAACUUUUUUUUGUGUGUGUACAUUCCUUAUUUUUAAGUUUAUCUUUGAAGUAAUCAAUCGAAAUAGUAGUUAUUUAUAGUCAACUUUGUGUAUAUUUUUGUUGUAGAUAUAAUAAUAUUUUAAUUCUAGAUAUCUUUUAAUUUAUUGCAUAAUUUAUUUGAAAUCCUUGUGACUAGAAUCUCUGUGAAGAGUUUUGUGAUAUUAGCUUCUGGUGCAACAUAAUCCCAAUUAUUCUACUUUACUGAUAGUUCUAGAAGGCAGCAUCACAAAAUGUUAAUUAUUUUAAUAUUUCUCGAAGCCAGCGAUCGACAAUCUGUUGAUCGCAAGCUGCUAAUAGCUCACGGGGACAGUUUCGGUUAAUUGCCUCGAUGCUUCGGUUAGCUAACUAGAAUUCCUCCAUUGAGAUAAUAAGUCAAGUUAAAGAUUUUUGUUUAUUUUCUUUUUAAAAGUUGGUAAUUCUUUUGCUUACAGCAGUGUUUUAAAGCAGUACUGUGACUCAAAAGUUUCAAAAGUGGUGAUUGCUACUGUAAGGCUUUAAUGGAGGUCUUUUCUGUGUUAAAAGCUUAUAAAUAAAUAUAUAUAUAUAUAAAUAACGUUGUUGCCGAGUGGAAGGAUUAAAACAGGUCUUGGGCAGGGAAGGAGGUUACAAUUUUUUAUUUAUUAAUUAUUAGACAGAGAGCAGCUAUAAAAGUGAUACGGAAAGUUGUGCUCCUCGAUUAUAAGUUAAGGAAAAUCUUGCAAAGUGAAUCCUUACCAUGCUUCGUUUGAGGGAAUAAGGGAAAUCUUAGUAAUUGUAAUUGGUUUAUUAAAUAGGUCGCACUAUACCCACAAAAAGCAAAGGGAAAAAUAUUUUGCUUUUAAUGAAUGCAUACUUGAGCCGAAAAUAGAUUUAAGGACAGAAUGUGAAUUUAAAAGUGUGACAAAGUGUUUCGAUUAGAAUAAUAAAAUAAAAGAAAAGGUUUUGCCGAAAAGGAAAAUCAUAAAAAGAUUAAUUGUAGCUUUUUAUGUUACACACACACACACACACACACAUAUAUGUAUAUAUAUAUAUAUAUUGAGCUUCUUGUUUGGUAUUCUAUGAGAAAGUGGCUUAUAGCAGGGAAAAUCUGUAUGUAAAAGCAGCUUCUGCCAUGUUUUGGCAGAGAUAAUUGUAAAUACAGCAUGGUAACAAGACAGGGAAAAUUCAGGGAAUUUGUCCAAUAUUUUUCCAAAAAAAAAGAUGUUGUUGUUAAUUUACGUCGCACUAGAGCUGCACAAUGGGCUAUUGGCGACGGUCUGGGAAACAUCCCGGAGGAUGAUCCGAAGACAUGCCAUCACAAUUCCAGAAAAAAAGAAGAAAGGUUUAAAAAAAUUGUAAAUAUGAAUGUCAGGAAAAAUGCAGUUCAAAGAGCCAGUUUCUACAUAGUUAAUCUUAAAAAGAAAAAAGUUUCUCCUAUGACUAAAAAUUACUAAUUCUUUGUCAGAGAUAUAGUUAUAAUAUUUUAUGUAUGAAAAAUAUUAGAAUGAGUCACAUUUUGAGAUGUUGCCUCUCUUACUAUUGGGAAAAAAAUAUUAUAAAGGUUCUAACUAUGAAUAAUGCUAUGAAUGCCUUUAUAUUUAUGGAUACUAUUCUUUUACAUGGACUACACUUUCUUUAAAAAGUCAGAGGAGAAUCUCCAAUUAUAAUAGUCUGUUGCCAUAUUGGAGAGAAAAAAAAUGGCGCUCAAAAGCUUCUUUGCCAUUUUCGAAGAAAUACGGACCAUUCUGUGAUCACUGCCCUUAAUAUAUAUUUUUAGUCUAUCAAAUAUUAAGGAGAAAUUGUAUUCACAUGAGGGGCUAGUAAAUAAUAUUUUAACUUUAAAAAUGUUAUGAAAAUCUGUCCCAAUAGGCUCAAUAUGACCUAUUGAAGAAUCUGGUAUUAAAAACAGAAACUGUUCGUUGAUGUUGAGAGGAGGUGGAAAACAACUUCACAUUUUUCCAGCAAUCAAACUGGUUUUGAUAUUUUUUAAUUCCGGCUUCCUCAAUAGUGAGUUAGACAUUCAAAAAGCUUUUAUUUUCUUCCUAGCUUAAAUAAAAAUUUGAAAUCCCUCAUGGAUGUAGAAUUUUGAUCAGCAUUCUAUAAAUUUUCAAUGUCAGUGAUUGUGGGACACCCUGUAUUUGGUCAAUGGAGAUAUUUCGCUCGCUGACGUGGAGUUUCGCACGUUCUUGUCUGCAGCUCUGUAAAGAAACGAGGGUCUUUUGUGAUGACUGCGCUGCGCGAAACUUGCAUACAUGACAAUGCGGAAUACCACGUGAGAGUGCGGAAUAUCUCCUGUUAUAAAAGAUAAGUAUCUAUUUAUAUCAGCUACCGAUAUAUUCUGAUUGUGAUACAGUUGUUUCCGUUUGUUGUUAUUGUUUUUAACUUGUUUUUAGUUGUAGGUACAAAAGAUAUCUUUCUCUUAUUUAUCUAGUAAUUUGUUAUUGCUUUUAUUGUAAAUAUUUUAGUUAUUGAAUGAAAAGUGGAAAAUGAUGUUAUGCAAAUGCCUUAGCUAAGGGUAUGAGAUAUAUAUAUAUGUUGCUAAUGUGCUUUAAUUUACUCGAUUGAAUGUGUCUAGGAUUUUUAUUAGCCUUACAUAAUUAUUCAUUCUUUGUCUAAAGUUAAAUAUUGUGAUACAACCAACACUAACCGAUGAAAAAAAAACCUAAAUUGUGUUUAUCUAUUCGGUGAUAGUAAUAUAUUGUUUAAAAAUAUCCAAUAUUUGACAUAAAUUAUUAAAGUUUU